GUAAAAUACAACAUAGAUCGCGCCCAAAUUGCAGCGAAAAAAAUUAUAGUAAAAACCACGAGGUGAAAAAACAACUGACAAAACAAUUCUUAAUAUCCGGUGAAUUCUGUGGCCUCAUUUGCCCGGUUCGUUGAUCACCAUCAUCAAAUAAUAAUACGUGGAGUUAAACUGAUUUACAUAGGUUUUUGAAGCUCGCCGCCGAGGCGCCGUUUUGUGUAUGCAAUAGAUACAUAUAUAUGUACACCCAAUAAAACGAUUGAAAAAAAAUCCGUGAAGUGAAGUGCAGGGGGGAGCCGAAAGUAACGAGUCAUCAGGCGGUACAAGAUGGCAGAGGGACAGGAUAGUCCAAAGAAAAUAACGAUUUUUAUUAAAACACCGAAAGAGAAACAGACGAUUGAGAUUGAAGAAAAUGCUUCGAUCAAGGACUUCAAGGAGGAGGUGUCGAAGAAGUUCAAUGCCCAGCCAGAGCAGUUGUGCCUGAUUUUUGCUGGAAAAAUCAUGAAGGAUCAUGAGACACUUGGAACACAUAAUGUUAAGGAUGGCUUGACAGUGCAUUUGGUGAUCAAAGCUCUAAGAUCACAGCAGCCGAACAACCAGGAGACAUCGCAGCAACCACCAUCGAGGCCUGCAGCCGAUAUAGGUGCCUCUCCAUUUGGUUUGGGUGGACUCGGUGGUCUAGCUGGACUAGAAAAUCUCGGAGUGGGUUCAGCAAACUUUGUUGACCUCCAGCAACGCCUGCAACGUGAACUAUUCUCAAAUCCGGAAACAAUGCGUCAAGUUUUUGAUAAUCCGCUGGUGCAAAGUCUCAUGGAUAAUCCUGACAAUGUCCGUAUGCUCGUAUCGGCAAAUCCACAGAUGCAAGAGCUCAUGCAGCGUAAUCCUGAAAUCAAUCACAUGUUGAAUAAUCCAGAAUUAUUGAGACAAACAAUGGAGCUAGUUCGCAAUCCCGCAAUGCUUCAAGAAUUGAUGCGUUCCCACGAUCGAGCGCUCUCCAACCUAGAAUCGAUUCCCGGUGGUCACAGUGCCCUUCGCCGUAUGUAUCGAGAUAUUCAAGAGCCAAUGCUCGCGGCGGUAACCAAUGAGCGCAACCCCUUUGCUGCAUUAAUCGAGAACGCUUCAGAAUCGGCGACAAAUCCCCAACAGGGCCAGGAGAAUCGAGAUCCCCUUCCGAAUCCCUGGAAUCCAAAUUCCGAUUCUUCAGCUCCAGGAACUGCCCCGAGACCAGCUGCCCCAGGUGGUCUGGGAGGGCUCGGGAGCCUGGGGGGCUUAGGAGGAUUGGCGGGGCCAGGUCGAGGUCUGCUCGACUCUCCAGGGAUGCAGAGCCUUGCUGCCCAGAUGAUGGAGAAUCCUCAACUGAUGAGAAACAUGCUGGUGGCCCCCUACACACGAUCAAUUCUGGAAGCAAUGGCCGAUGACCCAGCAAUCGCUGAAAGUGUUUUAGCCUCAAAUCCCUUUUUCAGAUCCAAUCCACAGAUGCAGGAGCAGAUGAGAACAAUGCUUCCAGCAUUUAUUCGACAGAUGCAGAAUCCACAGAUCCAAAGUGUUGUUACAAAUCCAGACGCUCUAGCAGCGAUAAUGCAGAUUCAACAGGGAAUGGAGCAGUUACGCACCGUUGCCCCUGAAUUCGUUGGCACUAUGGGCCUAGGAAACCAAACAGUCCCCCCAAUACCUACAGGGGGUGCACCAGCAAUGCAACAGCAACAGCAACAGCAAUCUCCAUCGACAGGAACUGAAACAGGUGCAACAGGUGCAACAACAAAUCCCGCGGAUCCAGCUAGAGAAUCAAAUGAUUUUUUCUCACAAUUUAUGGCUAGAAUGGUAUCAUCAAUGGCACUCAAUCAGGGUGGUGAGGGUGACAGUGCUGUACCACCUGAGGAACGCUACAGAGCACAGUUGGAGCAACUAACAGCCAUGGGUUUUCUCAAUCGUGAUGCUAAUCUACAAGCACUUAUUGCUACGUUUGGGGAUAUAAAUGCUGCGGUUGAGAGACUACUCGCUAAUGGACAGGUUUCUAUGAGCUAACCAUGUUUAUUUCAUACUGUAAGGUGGCCCGGGAAGGAGGGAGGGGGAAGGUUAUUAAUUGAUCGACGGGGUGGAUUGAUAUAGUUGAUUAUUGUUUUCUCGAUUAUCUCGAUUGGAUUGUAUUGAAGCAACAAUUACAUUAAAAUACCAACCUCACUACUACUGUGAAGAAAUUAUUGAGGAAUUUACAUCGAUUUUAUGUUUAUUAUAUUGCGAAAUGCAGUGAAUAAAUCCGUUGUUUAUUUUCACAGCUUUUGUUAAGAAAGAAAUAGAACUGCGAUUUAAUUUUUGUGUACGUGAAGUCCACUGGGAUGAUCAUGAGAUGUGGCUUACUUGACCUUCGAAGACAUCUAGGAAUUGACAAUUAAAUGUCCCUUUUUCAUCGCGGAACCCUUUACCAUUUUGGGUUGAGAGAUAAAUGUCGUUAAGUUUAAGUGAUCCUGGAGGACAGUGAGAUAGGUAAGACCCGGAGCUAAAAUUUAAAAAACAAUUUAGAAUUGUAAGAAACAGUUAUAUGUCCGAGCCUUUUAUUUUAUCUCUCGCAAGGGGACUAAACUCCUGGAGUCCUUUGUAAUUUCUUCAAGUAGGAUGCAUCUCAUGAUAGACCGGAUUAUUAUCGUAGAUGUAUUAAUUAUGGCCGACACAAGAUAAUUUUUAUUUGUUUUUAAAUUGCGGGGUGAUCAAGAUCUUUUUCUGGACUUGGUAGAAUGGACAGGAGUGUGUGAGACAAUCGUGAGGGGGAAAAUGAUUUGGAUUAAUUGGAUGUGCUAGGGUCAGGGAAAGGAAGGAGUGAAGUUGUGAAGACAAAUUUUAAAACUGUUUUUUGGAAAUUUUUCAAAAUCGAACUGGUUUACAGAAAAAUGUAAAUGAAAUUUCCUUGAGUAGUAAAUUUCGCGGAAAAAAUCAUUUUGAUAUUUUUUUGUAGAUUCUGACGAAUUUAUUCUACUAUUACUCAUGAAACUUAUGCGCAAGCAAUCAAGUUUGCGGAUAGAAUGAAUAUUAUUUUUACGUUUUUUGGUACAGUGAAUAGUUCUUCAGAUUAACAAUUUCGCGUUUUGAAAAACACGACUUCAUUCCUGAAUUUCAACGCCAUUAAUGUCUGUUUUUCAUGUUUUCUCCCAUUUUUUGGCCGGCAGCACUUUUAGCAUAAUUGUCCUCUCACAACGUUUGAAAAUUAUUCUGAAUUCACUUCAUUUUCAUUUUCCCCAUUGCAAAGGAUGUUAAAGUGCUCACACGGCGCCAUGGGCUAAUUCUUGUGUGUUUUUAUUUCUUUCCUGCUAUUUUUCGUCCAACAGGAUGUUAUUUUCGUAAUUAUUGUGUUUAAAUACAAUGACAAAAUGAAAAUAAAUAUUCCUUUAAUAUUUGUAGAAACAAAUUGAUGACGAAUAGUAAUUAUUCACUACAGAGGGAAAAAUAACGAAAGUUCGUUGAAACUAGGCGAGACCAUUGUUUCAUAAUUAAUAAAUUGAAACGUAAAACAACAAAAAAUCAUGCAAAUUGAUGAAAGCAAGAAUUGUAAAAUAACUCUGAGUGGAAAGAUUUUGAUCUUUAAUAUUUUUGGUGGACGUAAUUUAGAAAAACAAAACGAAAAAUAAUAAAAACUACAAAAAGAACAAAUUAAUAUUCCAAUUGUAUUUAUGCGCCCAUUUUUCGAUAGUGUGUGGUAAGCAAUUGUCAGAUUGAGAAGAGUUUGAGAAUGAACGAUUGAUAAUGCACAUAUAUAUCAGUAUGUAUGUGUUGGAUGUGUGUAUAUAACUAUUUAUAUACACUAAAGAAAAAAAAUAAAAUGAUGAGAAAAAAAUGAGAAAAAAAAA